AUGCCAGACAGCUCCGACGACGAGCGUGACUCGCGCACUGCCGCCGCAGGAAAGAAGUCGCAGAAUACCAAUAACGGCACAGAGAAGAAUCUACAUGUCGAGCCAGAUGAGGCUACAUCGUCAGCAGAAUCGCACUCAUCGGAAAGCGAGAGUAACUCGGCAGACAACCACAAAAAGUCCGCUAAGAGCAAUGCGCCGACCAUCAAUUGGAACCAAGGAAGUCGCAAUGCCAUUCGCACAACCCUUGGAGGAAGAAGUACCCUUCCAAAUCCCACCAAACCCAAGUCGGCUUUUGAUUCGGUCAAUGAUAAAUACUUUCGAAGUCGGAGCGCUUCCAUAUCAAGUGAUGAAGGAAAGGAGCAUGGCUCUGCAAAAAAUUCGGAUAGAGAUGGCUACACAAACGGCCAAUCAAAGACCUACUUUGUCGAUGACUCCGAUGCCUCAGAGAGUGGAGAGGUUUCCGAAGGCAGCGAAUCCUUGAUGCUAAAUCUUAGGAAGCAGGGCGACGACAAUAGUGAUCUUGCUCAAGCUCAGGUCGAUGGUGCUACGGAUUCAAAACCUCUUUUCGUCAUCGACUCAACUCCGAAUCCCGCAUAUACCCCCGGUAAAAUACCUCUAGGAGGCGCAGUAGGAUCUACUCAUCUCUCUGAAGUGGACGACUCGGAUGGCGCCAUUUCUCAGACCGCAGCUGCGCAGCUCCCACCACAAUCAAAGGCCGAGGCUUUCGCGGAGUUUUCUGCAAGAUACAAAUCGGCACCCGCCGUACUUGCGGAUCUAAAACCCAAGGACCUUGAAAUCCAAGCGCGGCAUUUUUUUAUUGAUAGUAGCAUUCACGAUCUCGAUUUGUCGAUGCCGAUUUCCUGCACCGAAUGCCUACAAGAGGGUCAUCUUGCUCUUGUCUGUCCGUCGAGAGAAUGCAAGAAUUGCGGGGAGUGGAAUUUACAUGAAGAACAGUUCUGCCCAACAGUAAGACGAUGCCAAAAGUGUCGAGAAGUUGGCCAUGAUCUUAAAGAUUGCAAAUCCCUUCUGAAAUCUUCUGCUGCAGAAACACCGUGUGAUUACUGUGGCGCUGACACUCAUAUAGAAUAUGAAUGUGACAAGAUGUGGAAAUUUCCCAGGCUAGAACCUCUAGAAGGCCCCAUUAAGGUGUCAAUAUCUUGCAGCUAUUGCGCCAACAAAAAUCAUCUUCUGGGCGACUGUCCAUUGAAAAAGAUCCCUACGACAUCAAGCACAUUCUCGAUAAAAUCAUACCCCCCGUCCAAGAUCACCAAUCUCAAUGUGGUUAUUGGGCCUAGAAAGGCAAAUCAAAUGGGAAUGCAAAUUCGCGGCCGUGCUAACAACUUCCAGCCCCAGCCCCAACAUGAUGAUGAUAACUCGCUUACACUUCACGGCCCUCGGACACAUCAAAGACCUCAGGCAGGACGAGGAAAAAUCCAAUUCCAAAGUGGCAUUGGCCAGGAUCGCAAUUUCAAUGGAGGGCCUCCUCUUCCCCGUGAAACUCCUCCACCCGGACCCCCACCGUUUCAGCCUAGGGAUUACAGAGACCGGGAUCAAGGCUAUUAUCCACGACCGCGUUCGCGAUCUCCUAGGCUUCCACCAAAACCGCCUACUGCACCUCCGAAAGGCCGGGGGCCUCCAUCAUGGUCCGGUGGAGGAGCCAGGGGUCGUGGUCGCGGAAGAGGACGCGACCAGUAUCGCCCAGGUAGGCCUUGA